AUGAACAGGAAGGAGAGGAUAGCCAGGCGUCUGGAGGGUAUAGAGAGUGACGUUCCUCCUGCCCUGACGCCCAGCUGUACCGGCCUGGUGGUCAACCUGGAGGAGGACCUGCCACGAUACACCCGGGCCUCAGACCCCUGUGAGCCAAUCAUGGUGAAACGUUACAGCAGAGAAGACAUGGAGAUCCCACAGAUGCAGGUGUCCUCCCCAGACAGACGGUCCAGGGCCAGACCGGAGGACCAGCCUGGACCAGCCGCCCAGCCCCACACGGAGCCUGUCCUAUCCCUUUCUGGUGGCCCAGUGGACCCAGUCAGCUCCAAGGCUGAACGGAUCGCCCGCUACAAAGCCGAGCGCCGUCGCCAACUCUCUGAGCGUUACGGCGGCGUCCUGGAUAAGGAGAUCAACAUGGACUUCCCCCGUUACUCACGCUCACGUAGAGAGUCUGACGUCUCCGACAGAGGGGCCCCAGCAGUCACCGAGCGGAGGAGAGAUAGAGAGGAGGAGGGAAGAGAAGGCGGGAGGGAGAGUUCUCGCAGGGCUCCCUACAGCUCCAGACUGGGCCGGGUCUUCAUGCAGGCUCACCCUGCUGAGGCUGACCAAGCUCCUUCCCCAGGCCACGUUUCUGCCCCUACCCAGGCCCCUCCGCCCACCAGGGCCACCACCUUCUCAGAGCGGGAGAGGAUGAUGAAUCUGGAGAACUAUCGGCUGGCCCAGGAGAGGACAAUGGCAGGAGGAGCCAGCAGUAGGCCACAGGAUACCCUCCAUACCCAACCCCAGCAGACCCUUCCCCAGGCCAGCCCUCUGGACCAGCAUCUCAGUCCCCCUUCAUCCAGGGCCUCAUCCAGGGGGUCUUACAGAGUGGAUGCCGUCUCCAGCUCCCCCCUGACAGCCCGCCGAGCCUCCCUGCCCUACGGCAUCUCCCCCGGGGAUCCGUUCAUCGAACAGCAGGCUCAGGCCGUCCUCAGCAGACAUGGAACCAGAGUAAGAGAGAGAAUGUCAGAAGAUGACAGUGGAGUCCAAGUGGUCCCAGCAGAGCGGGUUCUGGCUCCAGAGCCCAGAGUGAACAGACAGCGUGAUCGGGCUCACACCACCACAGCUCACCACCUGUCCCAGCGCGGUCACAACUCUGACCCUGUCACCUAUCAAAAGACUGCCCCCUCUCAGCUCUCCCAGCCUGCCUACGUCCACAUCCCAGACCACCACGCCUCAGUACCACACACCCACACAUCAGGCCCUGCCUUGGGCCACCAGCGAACCCCCGUGGGCCCCCUGGUGGUGGAGGUGGUGCCCCGAGGAGGAAGAUCAGUGCCGACCACAUCUACACGACCCAGGGAGGGCAGGCAGGUGCUGAGAGAAGAGGUCCUCACUGAGGGUCUGCUAAAGAGCAGGAAGGCCGUGCUGCCCUCGGACAUCCGCAGCAGGGAGAAGAGCGUGGAUGACCCCCAGAAAGGGGAGCCCCAGCUGGUCCCAGGCAGCAGCCGGGACGACUCUGCCACCUCAACCGGCAUGGAGUGGGAGAGCUACGGCACCAGGGAGGGGAGAACCAGUCGGGAGGACUCAAAAGAGUGGGAGACUAGGCCUCAGGACAGGGUCCAGCAGCAACCACAGCACUGGUCUAGCCACAUCCAGGACACAGAGGAGACAGGUCCAGCCAGGCCCAUGGAGAUCUCUUCCCACGCCCAGCCCAGACAGCAGCCCCUUCGCCAGCAGAGCCAGUGUCAGCCUGGGCAACAUAGAGGCAGUGACUCGGCCGUCUACCUCCAGAGUGGAGCCUCCCUCCUCCAGGCCAAACCUAGUAGCAUGGAGCCAGCAGGGACACGCAGGCCCCCCAAGCCCAAGGUCCGCACAUGCUCCAUGUCCGACAUCGGCGUGAGCCAGCGCCCGGCUGCCGACAGGAGCAUGGAGAGGACAGCAGCCCAGCUGACCAGGGAGGGAGGGGUGGCGAUGGGGGUGCUACCCAACGGGGAGGUGGGAGCCCUGGACACCAGGGUCUAUGUGGCCCAGCUCCGACACUCGUACCUGGAGAACGCCAACAGGAAGCCAGAGCUGGAGCUGACUAAAGUAGAGCUAACUGCUAUGGAAGUAGAUCCGGCUGCUGGGAGCGCUGAUCGGGAGCGUGGCGUGUCAAGGAGGCCGCGGCGCUACAUCAACCCAGGAGACAACCGCAAGUCCUCUGAGAGGUUUAGGACCCAACCCAUCACCUCUGCGCUACAUCAACCCAGGAGACAACCGCAAGUCCUCUGAGAGCUACAAAACCCAGAAGCUGACGAAGACAAGCUUGACGAGAGAGCUAAGAUGAGUGUGGCUGCUAAGAGGUCCCUUUUUAGGGAGCUAGAGAGGAUCACAGGUAGCGUUCCCAGACCACGGUCCCGUGAGAGGCGCCUGUUACGAGUCCAAGACCGCUCGCGCACACAGCCUAUCCCCAACAAGGAAGUGGACAUCGCUCACACUGGCCCUGCUAUGUCCUCACAAACAGUGAUGGUCCACUCCACAGUAGCACCUAUCCCCAGCCCCACUGUAGUCAGCACCAUCACAACUGUGUGUGAGGCAUCGCAGCACGGCUCCAGGGUGCGGAGCAUGGGGGAGCAGGAGAGGGAGGCCCAGUCAAGGCAGGCAGGAGAAGGACCAGGGACUGAGAGGAUGAUGGAGGACCUGGGUCCGGAUGAGCCUGACCUCUCCACUCUCAGCCUGGUGGAGAAGAUGGCCCUGUUCAACCAGCUGUCCACGCAGCCCUCCAAGCCUGCCGCUAAGGGGGCUGGGGCCUCCAGGGUGGACACCCGCCAGCGUAGGGCAAACUCCCGCUUCCAGACCCAGCCCAUCACCCAGGGAGAGGUGGCUCAGCUGCAGAAUGGAGACAGGGUCAAGCUAGAGCCGCUAUCCGUUUCCUUGGUCCGCUCCGUGGCAUCCAUCAGCUCACAGCUGUCGGUUGCCACAGUAACCACGGUGAACUCCGGCAUGGGUGACCACUUGGGGAAAUCUACGGCCGUCCCCUACAACCCCCCUGCCCCCACCACUACCACCCUGGACAGAGGAGGGGUGAGGUACUUCAGCCUGACCCAAGGUGGAGACUCCUCCAGUGUCCCUGAACCAGAUGUGUACUCCCCUGGCCUUUCCCUGUCAGAGCAGCAGCAGGCUCACAGCAGAGCAGACAGAGGAAGGACUCCCGGAGCCGGUCGCUCGUUCACUGGCUACAGAGAGGAAGAGGAGGAGGAUGUAUCGGGAGGAGGGACCAGAGAGGAGAGGAAGAGCCGUAGUGGUCCUGGAGGCAGGGAGAGCAGAGAGAGCAGGCAGCAGCGGUAUCAGCCCACAGCCCCAGAGCACCAGCCCCAGAGCACCACAGCCCCAGAGCACCAGCCCCAGAGGCCAGUGUCCAGCAGAUUCAGUCUUUCACCCAGCUUCCCCAGACUCUGCCCAAACCUUACACCCAACAACCCCCACAAACUCAACCCCAGCCCCAGACUUACGCUCAUCCACCUCAGCCCCACGCUCAUCCACCUCAGCCCCAGCCUUACGCUCAUCCACCUCAGCCCCACGCUCAUCCACCUCAGCCCCCGCCCCACGCUCAUCCACCUCAGCCCCACGCUCAUCCACCUCAGCCCCACGCUCAUCCACCUCAGCCCCACGCUCAUCCACCUCAGCCCCACGCUCAUCCACCUCAGCCCCACGCUCAUCCACCUCAGCCCCACGCUCAUCCACCUCACCCAGCCCCAUCCCUUCACCCAGGCACUUUCAGCCCAGCCCCAUCCCUUCUCCCAGGCACUUUCAGCCCAGCCCCAUCCCUUCUCCCAGGCACUUUCAGCCCAGCCCCAUCCCUUCUCCCAGGCACUUUCAGCCCAGCCCCAUCCCUUCACCCAGGUACUUUCACCUCAGCCCCAUCCCUUCACCCAGGCACUUUCAGCCCAGCCCCAUCCCUUCACCCAGGCACUUUCAGCCCAGCCCCAUCCCUUCACCCAGGUACUUUCACCUCAGCCCCAUCCCUUCACCCAGGCACUUUCAGCCCAGCCCCAUCCCUUCACCCAGGUACUUUCACCUCAGCCCCAUCCCUUCACCCAGGCACUUUCAGCCCAGCCCCAUCCCUUCACCCAGGCACUUUCAGCCCAGCCCAAGCCCCAGGAAAGGGAGAGACGAUUCACCCAGCCAUUACCCAAGCCCUACUCUCAGAUAACCCCUCAUACUCAACCCAACGCCCAGUCCUUCUCCCAGCCUCCUCUGCCCCCUCCCCAGACCCUACCCGAGCCCACGUCCUUCCCCCAGUCCCUGGUCAAGUCCAAGUCCCUGCCUCUGGACAGCAGUGAAGUCUUGGCAGGACACAGUGUGUCCGACCUCCUCUCCCCUGCCGAGACAGAGCUCUCAGAGAUGUCCGCCAAGCAGAUGUCCAUCAAGGAAAGGCUGGCCCUGUUGAAGAAGAGUGGUGACGAGGCCUGGAGGAUCAGGAUGAAUAAGGAAAAGGACGUGGCGAAGGUGUCUGUGACUGAGAGACACUCCACAGUACAGGGAUGGGAGGCAGCACAGACCUACGAGAAGAAGGAGGAAAGGAUGGUUAUUGAUGGUUUUGCUGCUGUCACUGUGUCUGAACAGCUGUGGAGGAUGGGAAAGGAGAUGGAGAUCCAGGCUCAGAUGUCCAUAGAGGAGAGGAAGCAGAUCUCUUCAAGGGACGAGGCCUGGGAGUCGAAAGGAAAGGGCGUGGCCAACAACUCUACCCAGUACCCUGUGACCGAACACAUGGUCAAGAAAGGUCUGACAGCCUCUCCCUCAGCCGUCAGCCCUAUCCUGUCUCCCGUCUCCACCAAACUCAAGAGCAGUGUGACUGGGUACAAACCUCAGGAGGAAAUCGAAGCCAGACCAGAGAUGAACUUGGAGUCGGAUAAGAAGCUGGAUAAAUUGGAGACCUUUUUGGGACGUCUGAACAGUAGAGUGGCAGAUCUUCAGGAGACCACUCUGACAGUGACCGAGAAGGCUGUGAAGGAGGUGAUGAGGAUGGACGAUGAGAUCUUCUCCAAGUUCUACAGUCACGUGGCUGACUUCCCACGCAUGCCCAGCAGGAUCGAGAUCGACGAUGACUUUGAUGCCAUCUUUGGCACUCAGGCACCAAAGUUGACCUCCGCCUUAGCGCAGCACAAACGGGCAGUGAGACCGCCUAGGAACGUCCAGUCGUCUAAGAACCCUCUGAAGAUGCUGGCGGCCAGGGAGGACAUCAGACACGAGUACACUGAGCAGAGACUCAACAUCGGCCUCAUAGAGAGCAAGAGGAUGAGGGAUGAGAAGUUGAAUACUAGUACUCCGAUGUACUCAGAUGCGGCCCUGGCUGGGCUGGCCAGUAAGGAGGACUCAAACAACGUGAGUCUGAGGAGCGUCAACAUCUCCGAGCAGAUGUCUAACAACAGCGCUGUGCCCUACAAGAACCUCAUGUUGAUUCAGGUCAAAGGCCGCCGUCACGUUCAGACCAGACUAGUGGAGCCCAGAGCCUCAGCCCUGAACAGUGGAGACUGUUUCCUGUUGGUUACUCCUCAGCACUGUUUUGUCUGGAUGGGAGAGUUUGCUAACGUUAUAGAGAAAGCUAAAGCCUCUGAGCUGGCUACGUGUAUCCAGACUAAGAGGGACCUGGGCUGCAGAGCGAGCCAGAUCCAGACCAUCGAGGAGGGGGUCAACCCCCAGAACCAUGCAGCCACAGAGUUCUGGAAGACCCUGAAAGGGCAGCCGACCUACCAGUCCGCUGGGCCACUGGAGGAAGAUGAGCUGUUUGAGAAUGCCAUCGUGGAGACAAACUGCAUCUUCCAUCUGCUGGAGGAUAAACUGAUUCCUGAUGAUGAUCAGUGGGGGAAGGUUCCACGCAGAACACUACUGCAAUCCAAAGAGGUGCUGGUGUUUGACUUUGGCAGUGAGGUGUAUGUGUGGCACGGUAAGGAGGUGACUCUAGCCCAGAGGAAAGUAGCCUUCCAGCUGGCCAAACACCUGUGGAACGGAACCUUUGACUACACCUGCUGUGACAUCAAUCCUCUGGACCCUGGAGGAUGUAACGCACGCAUACCCUGGAAGGGCCAGGGGCGUCCUGACUGGGCCAUAUUCGGCAGGCUGACACAGCACAAUGAGACAAUCCUGUUCAAGGAGAAGUUUCUGGACUGGACAGACACUAAGAAACCACAACCAAAGAAUAGCAACCUACAAGUCACUGAGCAGAAGGAUUUGCCAGGGUGCGUGUGCAGGCCGUACGAUGCAGCGUUGAUGCUUCCUGUACUCCAGACAGCUGUCAGCACGGUGUUGGAUGGGAUGAACGUUGGCCGAGGCCACGGCUCUGUGGAAGGAGAGGACAGGAUGAGGACUCUAGAGAUCAGCACAGUGUCUGUAGAUGUCUGGCACAUCCUGGAGUUUGACUACAGCCGGCUGCCCCAGCAGAGUAUAGGCCAGUUCCACGAGGGAGACGCGUAUGUUGUGAAGUGGAAGUACAUGGUAAGCUCAGCAGUUGGCAGGAGGCAGAACCCGGAGCUGACGAGCUCCGACCCGGUGAAAGAACAGGGCUGCUACUUCUUCUGGCAGGGACGGAACUCCACCGUGAGAGGGAAAGGAACGUCGUCCCUGACGACAGUGGAGCUGGAGGAGGAGGGAGGGGCCCAGGUCCUGGUACAGCAGGGGAAGGAGCCUCCUUGUUUCCUGCAGUGUUUCAACGGGGGGAUGAUCAUACACGGUGGGAAGAGAGAGGAGGAAGAUGAGAACAUACAGACUGAGUGGCGUCUGUACUGCGUGCGGGGGGAGGUCCCUGUAGAGGGACACCUACUGGAGGUGGUCAGUCACUGCAGCAGCCUGCGCUCCAGGAGCUCCAUGAUCCUCCUCAACGUCAACAAGGCCCUCAUUUACCUGUGGCACGGCUGCAAGGCCCAGCAACACACACGGCUCUUGGGCCUCACCGCAGCUCAGAGGAUCAAAGAACAAUGUCCUUUGGAGGCGGGGCUCCACAGCAGCAGUAAGGUGACCAUUACGGAGUGUGACGAGGGAUCAGAGCCCACGGGAUUCUGGGAUGCUGUAGGGAUUAAAGACCGGAAAGCCUACGAUUGUAUGCUGCAAGAUCCGGGUGAAUUCAACUUCACCCCUCGGCUGUUCAAGCUGAGCAGUUCUUCAGGGCAGUUUGUGGCUACAGAGUUCUACCACCCCUCCAGAGCUCCAGACAUGGUCAGCUCUCUGCCCUUCCUACAGGAGGACCUGUACCGCGCCUCCCAGCCUGCUCUGUUCCUGGUGGAUAACUUCCAUGAGGUGUACCUGUGGCAGGGCUGGUGGCCCCAGGACAGCGAGAACCUCGGCUCCACCAGGAUAAGAUGGGACAUGGACAGGAAGUGUGCCAUGGAAACAGUGCUGCAGUACUGCAUGGAGAAUGAGAAGUCUCAGAAGUCGUAUCUGAUCCAUGCUGGUCUGGAGCCUCUCACCUUCACCAACGUGUUCCCAAGCUGGGAGCACAGAGAGGACAUUGCAGAGAUCACUGAGAGGGAGGUGGAGGUGUGUAACCAGAUCAUCCUGGUGGAAGAUGUGCUGGCCAGGCUGUGCCAGAACACCUAUCCCCUGGCUGAGCUGUUGGCACGCCCACUUCCUGAGGGCGUCGACCCCCUCCGCCUGGAGAUCUACCUAUCAGACCAGGACUUUGAGAAGGCAUUGGACAUGAAGAGAGAGGAGUACGAAGGAUUACCAGGGUGGAAGCAAGUCAACUUAAAGAAGGCUAAAGGACUGUUUUAGUCUAAGUUAACCUGACGAUGGUUGUGGAGAGAAGAAAUUCAACAACUCUUGGAGGACAGUGGAAGUUGAUAAAAUACUUCUUUAUUGUUAAGACCAACCUGUUUCAUCAGGUUGGUUGUGGAGAGAAGAGGACACAGAGACCGAUUUAGGCCACCAGGCGGUGUCACCCAUCCAGCCCUUCCUAGUGGUGUGACUGAACACCGCUGGUAGUAGGCCACCAGGCGGUGUCACCCAUCCAGCCCUUCCCAGUGGUGUGACUGAACACCGCUGGUAGUAGGCCACCAGGCGGUGUCACCCAUCCAGCCCUUCCCAGUGGUGUGACUGAACACCGCUGGUAGUAGGCCACCAGGCGGUGUCACCCAUCCAGCCCUUCCUAGUGGUGUGACUGAACACCGCUGGUAGUAGGCCACCAGGCGGUGUCACCCAUCCAGCCCUUCCCAGUGGUGUGACUGAACAUCGCUGGUAGUAGGCCACCAGGCGGUGUCACCCAUCCAGCCCUUCCUAGUGGUGUGACUGAACACCGCUGGUAGUAGGCCACCAGGCGGUGUCACCCAUCCAGCCCUUCCCAGUGGUGUGACUGAACACCGCUGGUAGUAGGCCACCAGGCGGUGUCACCCAUCCAGCCCUUGCCAGCGGUGUGACUGAACACCGCUGGCAGCACUUUAAAUCGGAGGAUGUGAUCAUCGUUUGGGUGGAAUGGAACCGUAUCAAACGCAUGGGUUUUUACAAGAGAGUUUGAUACAAUUUCAUUCACUCCGUUCCAGUCAUUAUUAUGAGCGUCCUCCCCUCACCAGCCUCCUCUGCUGAACACAUUCUCAGGGACGAGAAGUGGGAGAAGAGGACAGAGGCUGGGUUGGGGGAUCUGCUAAGGUGUGCUAGCCUCAUGUAACAUCAUGUUUUUAACUUUUAAUUAUGUAACUAUGUAGGAAAAUGAAAAUCCUGCUUAGCACAUUUUCUCAGUGGCUUAUCAGGAACUGUACAAGCAGGACCUGCUCUUUCUCUCUGUGUCUUUCUCUGUGUCUCUUUCUCUCUGUGUCUUUCUCUGUGUCUCUUUCUCUCUGUGUCUUUCUCUGUGUGUCUCUUUCUCUCUCUGUGUUUCAUACUGUACUACUGUGUAUGUAGACACUACUAAGUCUCCUAGAAGCACUUGCUAUGUCACCACUCCUGCCACGUGAGUUGAAGAGGACAGUCAGCAACUCUGGGAGGUCAGUGGAAGUUGUUAAAAAUGCUGCUUUAUUGUUUAAAAUAAACUUGUUUAAAACGGCCCGUAGCCUUCAUCAGGGUUUUACGCGUAGGAAAAUGAAGAUGGCCGACAGAACUAUAUACCAUUGACAUCAUCAAUGACAUCAUCGGACACACCGCCGUGGUCUCUGGCUUGGUGGUGUUUGUGAAGUCUUCCACAGAAUGUGUAUUUACAGAUUCAGAAAGUAUUCAUACCCCUUGACUUAUUCCACAUUUUGUUGCCUGAAUUCAACAUCUAUAAAAUAGAUAUUGUUCUCACCCAUCAACACACAAUACCUCUGAGAAUGCUUUGGAGAAGCGCCUUUUGCAGCUUCAUUUUUUUAUUUUUUGUAAACAUUUUGAAAUAAAUAAUUUCACUUUGACAUUAUGGGGUAUUGUGUGUAGGCCAGGGACCAAAAAAAAAUCUAAAUUCAAUCCAUUUUAAAUUCAGGCUGUAACACAACAAAAUGUGGAAAAAGUCAAGGGGCUGAAACUUUCUGAAGGCAAUGUAUGUACAACUGUAUUCAACUUGAAAGUUCUGUGUAAUAUCUGUGUCAGUAGGAACUUUUUUUCUCCCUUGUCUACGAUGUCUCAAAAGGUGAUAACAUGCCGAGUAUGUACCUUUUAGAUUCAAAUUCUCCGGUAUGGUACCUGGGCUGUCAUAAUGUCUAAGCUUCACAGGUACCUGAGAAAUGUCAACGGUUGUAUUUUUACAGGCAUGGAAUUCUUCAUGGGGGAAAAAAACAUGAUUUAUGUGAAAUGUAAUAGUGCCUUGCGUUUGUGUACAGUUUAUAUACAGGAAUUGUCAUCUGCGUUUUCAAAGACUUUAGUGAAUAAACAAAAUUGCAAAUCCCAAAAUCCAAAUAGAUGUUAGUGUGUUUCUUUGACACACAGUCAGUGAAUCACAAUUUAUAUUUUCUUGGCACAUCCUCGUC